AUUGGUAGUAGCGCAGGAUGAGUGUACAAGGUAUGGAAAACAUUAAAACUUCUUUAUAUUCUUGUGCAUCAGCUUUUACAAUCAAAGUCAGUACAGCUAAAGCUUAUUGUAAGCUUAAGCUUUUAUGAUGGUUUUCAAAUCUGUUGUCUUGUUUAAUUCCUAGUCUCUAAGUGGACAAAAUUUUUCACGCAAGCCGGGAUUCCAGGCGCCCCUGCAAGCAAGUAAGCCUGAUAUAGUAUUGUUUGAUUUCUUCCGCCUUAAACCAUCGUAAGCUUUAUCUUGGGAGAUGAACUAGACAGGGAUAACCUCUUCAUCUCCUUUUUCUUUGUGAAUAAACAGUCAAUAUUAUUAUUUUUAAAUUAAAAUAUUAUUAUUAUUAUUAUUAUUAUUAUUAUUAUCUUUUGAAGUUCUAUAGUUGGCAUUAACAGAUAUAGCCUUUUGAUUGUCAGUUCAUUUUGUAAACAAUCGAUUGUGUCUGUUAUUAGCAGUUGAUUACCCAAAAAUCUUAGUCAAAUAGAUUUAAAAGCAUUCUAUUUUUUCUGUAAUAAUCAGUGUGAAAGCCAAAAUCCUUGCUUAAGAUCCUCGCUUAAGAUCCUCAAUGGGACGUGCCAUUUUGUAUCCCCCCCCACCUCUUAUGAGUCACUGUUUAGCACCUCUACACUUCAUUUCAAACUCAAAAAGUUGAAGACCCCAUACAUUUAUUGUGGCUGCUUUAUCAUGGAAUUCAGGUGUCCCUCUCUCCCAUGCCCCCCACAGGUUAGUGGGUGGAGACAUAUGACAUUUCAGACUAUGCUGCACUCCCACAUUCGAUGUCAGAAUUUAUUAUGUAAAUCGCGUGACUAAGGGACUGCAUGUGCAGUUUUUUAAGUUAGAUAUUAAGUGGGUCAAGUAUGAAAAAUACAGGUGUAUCAGAUUUUGUCACCAACUUUAUCACCCUUGUUAAAAGUAUAAUUGGAUAAUAUUAAUGAAAAUUGUUAGAAUCUUAUUUACAUACAUAUCUUGUCCUUAUUUGCUUACUGCAGUUAUGCUGUUAUAUUUUAUGACAAUCGCAUAAAGGAGGACAUGUUACCUGACCUGACAAAGGUUUGUAGAAGUCCAGUGUUUGCAAUUCCAUUUCCUUGUUGGAAGGUGCAUGAACUGAAAAGGGUUGCUUUUGUAAGUGGUCAUUUGUAGUGCAAUUUACAUUGUAAUUUAUUUCUGGAAGUAAAAGUGUGUGAUAAGCCUCUAAAAAUAGAAGCAGACUGUACUAGUACCGUGUUAGGAGGUGAAGAGUGACUGGUUUGUACUAGUAAUGUCUCAUAUUGCCGUAAAUAGAAAAUGUUUCAACUUGGAUGUUUCUGAAUAGACAGUUCAUUACUUAUGCGAGAAAGUCUUUUUUUGACGAGAUAUGUGCACAUCAAUCAAGCAAGCAAUAAAUCAGCAUUAUUCAUUCUUGGCCAAUUGUUUUACGCUUAUACAAGCUAGAAAAAAAGCCAGAAAAAAUUCAGGGUCAUACGGGAUGCAAAGCCUUGAACUCCGUGAUACCAGUGCAGGUUUGAUACUGGCAGACUGUCCAACCAUCCUGAUCUCGUCAGGAUUCUCCCGAAAAUCUCAAAACCUGACCAGUAUAUGAUCGGGAUAGGAAAAAUUCCAAUUUUGAGAUCUGUUCUGAUAUUUCAUGUGAAUUCUUAUGAUACUUAUACAAGUAUCAUAAGUAUACUUGACUGAAAGUGAUAUCCAAAAGAUAUCAUAAGAUGCAGCACUUGUCCUUGAAGACACGCAACAUAAAUAAGCCCCUACAUUCCCACUUGGGGUCGACCCCAAAAAAUCUAGAGGGGUUUAUAUGGAGUUUUCUGAGCAUAACUGGGCUAAUAUCUCAGAGACAAUUUGCCCGGAAAUGCUCAUUUUUGGCAAGUAGGCCGUUUGGACAUUGUUCUUUCAGAAUAUUCUGACAAAUCUCAAAAGAAAUUUAAUUUUCAUGACGCCACACUUUAGUACUCUAUAUUACUACUUACUCAAGAGCUUGGACAGUCUGUACCAGGAUGGAGCAGGUCAUUGAGUUGGUUCAUUAUAAACCCAUGACAGGAUCAGACAGUGAUCAUACAUGUAUAUUCAUUAUUUCAAUGAUAAGUGUAACCUGAGAUCAGGCUCAAUUUUUGUUUUGCUUUGUAAAUAACAUUGUGGUGGGCAAGGCGAAACAAAAAUGGCAGUAGCCAUUAGAGAGAAUGUAUGAGAACUGCUAAAAUUGGGCCUGAACUCAGGUUAUGAUAAGUGUCCAAAGCAAUGUUUAUUUUGAAUUAGGAUAUGUUAUGUUCAAUUCAAUCCUCUGACAUGGUGACUGCUAGUGACAUCACAAAUGAUUUUAAAGUUUAUAAUAUGGUCUGUAACGUGAAUAAUUAUAUAAUAUGCUCUGUGACAUACUGCAGUAAGAGGGCCAAGAAGAUCAGCAUGUGCAAGAACAUCUACGUGGAACACUAUUUACAGGGACUUUGAGCCACACUAGAAAAAAGGGGGGAGAUGUAGUGUCGGGUCUCAGGGGACUUAAUGUACGAUAAUUAGAUGCGGAAUGAGCGUUAACAUUCGAAGCAAAAAGGGACUUGAUUUGCAUAUAGGACAGUGUAGAACGGACAAAUAGGAGGACUAUUAACGGAACUAAGGUCGUAUAGUGUAACCGUUUAUUGAGCUCGAUUCGCGACUUCACACCUUUUUUCCAGGAAAUUUUACAAGACAUGGGAAUUACUGUGAUGGGAGAUAUAAUUGCCAUUUUAAGGCAUAGCAAACAAGUUCAUGCACAGGUAAGCCAACUAUGUCGGUUUUUCUUAUCAGUUGUUGAUUGUUUUUCUUGGAAGCAUUUCUACUGAACUAACCUUUUUGCUCCUGAACUCACCUUGGUCGUCUUGAAAUUCUUUCAAAAUAAGUGGUCAGAUUAUUAUAGCUAAAACUCAUUUUGUUGCAUAUACUGACCUAGUCAUUAAAAACCUAGUUACUUUAAAAUUUUAUGCUAUUACAGUGAACUACAAAUUUCCAUUCUGUCAGUAUUGGUGCCUUUUUGUCCAUGGCGUGUGAUGUUAUUGUUUCACCAAAUACAUAUACAGCUUAUUCAUGUACUCCUAUCAAAGUGGACUCUUGAUUUACCUUGUAAACUCUAAUGUGAAUUAACCUUACAAAAUCAAAUUCGCUUGUAUAAGGAACUCUCAAACAUUUCAUUUGCCUUUCUGUCAAACUUUUAGUAAGUACCUAAAUUUAUAACACUUUACACUAUACAAAUGGCGACCAUUCAAAUUCAAAUUCAAAUGGUAACCAUUCAAAAGGUUUCAGCGAAAAUUGUAUGCCUUUGGAGGGGAAACUGUUUAUGUAUCCAUCAAAUUUGCAGAGUGAGAGAGAGAAGUCAGCAAAAGACAUGGCUGCUACUGAUGAUCCAGAUUCAUCAGGUGAAUCGUCACCAAGCAAUCAAGUUCCUGUGGGUGCUAAACGUAAAUCAACAGGUAUACCUUGUUAUUGAUAUGCUCAGGGCCCACAAUGAGGGACACAUGUGUUGAGACAAUCUUCCAUAAAAUGGCUCUUUUUUGGCAUAGCGGACAUACAGUGUAUCUAUCCUGUCAUCCUGUACACAUCCAUUCCCUCCCUCCAAACCAGUGUUGUAUCUUUAACCCUCAAGUCUUCCUUCAACUACAAAUAACAUUGAUUCAAGGGUGGAUCAAUAGAGAUUUAUGUCAUUUAAACAGAAUUGUAUGUUAUAGGGUUGUCACUAAGAUUUCAAGUUGUCGAGUAAAUACGACAAGUACCGUAGGUGGGGAAUCAAACAGCUGGGGAUUUCUUUUGGUUCUUCUAUUUUUCCAGGUUCAUAGUAUCUGGGGGAAAUCCCUGUCCCCUGCCUCUCAAUGAGUGCCCUAAUAAAUGAAUGAAAUUGUUGAUAAAAGCGACUAUGGAAUUUAGACUAGUGUGUCAACUGCUUUUAUCACUGAUUGCAGUUAUUUUAAGGCCCUCUUAAGGCUGUGCCAACCUGCAGUUUUUACCCAACACUUCAGUUUACUCUAUCCUAGAUAGACUCUCUUGGUUUGGUAAUUUAAAUGAAGUACAUACCUCUCUCUUUGAAUAAAGGCUCAAUAAUAUUUUAGAAGCUUCAGAUACAAAUUGCACCUUGAUGAUAGCCUGCAUAGCCAGCAGGAUUGUUAGCAUGAACAAAGCUUUGGUGGAGGAGCUGCAAAACCGUUACUUGCUUCCUGCUUGUGGCUUUGCUACCCAAAACUCUCACACUUGCAAAAACAAUUCUGCAAGCUAUGCAAGGUACCUUGAUGGAAAAAUUUUGUAUAACAAGUAUUUCACCUAAUAACCUACAAUUGCCUCCGGUGACCCAAGGAUUCAAUGUGUAUGUGAUCAGCCACCUUUGAUCAGUCAUACUACAGACACAAGGGUUUCUGUGAAACCAUCUUCAUCAGACAUUAUGAAUGUUGAACCAGUUCUUAAGAAUCCAUUCUAUUGACUCACUUUUAUAGUCACAUUUGCAACGUUCACAGGGCCUCAAUAAUUUGCAUCAUUGGAAGUUUCAUUGUUGUAGAUCACAGUUGCAAUCAAUUAUGUGGAUGAUAACAUACUUGUGUUGAGAUCAAAAGUUAAAACUGAAUUUCCCUUGAAACAGAUGACUGUUCUUUUGAAUUUCUCCUAUCGUCCAGUUUUGUUUGUCUCCUUUUCAUGCUUUCUACUUUUUUUCACUCAGUACUGCCUGGGAAAUCUACUGUACAUGGCCCUUCAUGGACAUGAUGGAAUAUUAGCUUCAAUUAUUUCUAACCACAGUAAAAGUUCACUGUUGUGAAUUGUUCUUUUUUAGCUGCAAGCCGCAUGGUGGAUCAUUGGAUGAACAAACAGAAGUUAGAAAGUGGAAGUACCAGCCCUGCGCAUGAUCCCGAGUCAUCACCGUCCCCAUCCAAGAAAAAGCUCACCAUUCAUACAGUAGUAUCAGACAAACCUCAACCAGCAAGGUCCCAGAAAACUCUUUCUGAAAGGUGUGUAUCAUACAUUGUCAUGUUUAGCCUGUUCCCUGCGCCCAGGUGCAGAGUUGUAACCGGUCAUUUUUCCCCGCCCCGGUUACUUACAGUGUAGCCCCCUAUUUUCGAGUCAUUUAGCUUGCUUCAAAUAUAAUAUUCCUGGUUCUAUAAGCCACAAAACUGAACAAGGGCGCUUUAAAUGUAAUAUUCCUCGUUUUACAAGCCGUAAACCAAAACAAGUACGCCUCAAAUACAAUAUUCCUCAUUCUAAAAUCGGGGGCUAAAUAACCGGAGCGAAAUGACUUUAGAGAAGCACGGUCAAGGGAAGCGCGAAGCAGAACGCCCCGGAAAUCUUGCUCGCAAGCUAGGUCACUCCACAGGAAUCCAUCCAUCUAUUUAAAAACGUUAAGACACCUUUUAAGACUUUCUGAUUCGCACCUGCAGUGGAAGGGUUAAGAUUAAGCAGAAAGUGGAAUUUUCCACUUUUGAUCUACCUUACUUUCGAUGCUGAGGUACACAAAAUGGAGGCGUAUAGAGGCUUUCUCCUGUUUUUUUUUUUUUUUUUUCGAGUCAAUAGAGGAGUUCACGCUCAUACAUUUUCACUAAUUUUGAUACUGUCGAAUUACAGAAAAUGUAUGGGAAAAUCAAGGUUUUCUAAAAUCUGAUCACGGACUUCUUUGCACUCCAGAUUUAGUGUAUUGUUUCUUUGAACUCGUAAGUUACUCUUUUCAAAUACAAAGCAUCAAAUGAAAUAUAUGAAUUCAGGAAGAAAUAGCGGGCUUUGAAACAAAUCUUCUAAUUUCCCUCCGUCUUGCCCUGAUUACCCAUGAUGCAACUAUGAGCGUGAACUCCUCUAUUGUGAAAUUAUAAAAAAACUAAAUCUCGCUCUUUGGCUAAGUUCAAACGGCUGACAAAUGUCACUGGAGUGGGAUACAACUCUCACAUAGAACCGUUCAAUAUUUAUGCUUUUUUCACGUGGUACUGACGACUUUUCUCAGUGGUUUUUCCAUCUACCCAUGCGCAGAGCGUUACUUUGACAAAUCCAAAAUGGCGUCUUUCAGCUGGGUAGCCACGCAGUUAUGCAACCACGCCUUUGAGAUACCUUUAGGGUACAAGACUUAAGACGGUAUUCACACUGCGGCGGUCAAAUUUUCGAGCGUACCGGGUAAAAAUUUAACCUCGAUUUUGGCAUUCAAAUUUUUGAACGGCUAGGCGUCUAAAUAUUCCCUACGGUUAACGUUGUUCCGAGUGAACGGAACACUUUACACGCACGAAUUUUUAACCGGUCGACUUGGGAGCUGUUUCCCGAAAGUCCCGAUUUCUUUUCGCACCCGAAAUCAAAUAUUCUCAUCAAAAUCUAAAGAAUAAGAGCACGGGUCCUACCUAACAAACCUGUCCAUUUUGUUUUGUUGACUGGUAGUUUCAUCAUGCUAUCUGCAAAACUUUUGAAACUUCUUUCUUGAAUAUAAACAACAACAGUUUAUUAUCGGAACCUUUGGUCCGGUACCAUGUGAAUGUUGUCUUUGUCUUUCAAUGUUUCCUGUACCGUCUCUUCGCGACGCGUCAAAGUGAGAUAUUCGGUGGGGGUUCGAGGCGCUCGAUAAUUUUGUUGUGUACAAGGAUAAUUGUGUCCUUAGGUCACUAAAUGUUACUGCACUGAUUUGGGCAGCUGACUCUGGCGUGACCUUAUCCCCUCGAUUACCUUGGCAGAGCUUAGCUCGCAGGCUGGUUUAUUGAGACAUUUGUUCCUUCUUGUAGAUUUGGUGGCAAAGGAGGCAAGUUGUUUUCCAGAAAGCCUGAGAAAGUCAGUCCAAAGACUGAAGAACAAACACUAAAAGUAAAACUGCCUGAAGGAUCAACUGCACGAAGCAAGAAGCUGAUUGCGAAGCAAAAACAGGCGGCGGCUUCCGCUGUAGGUAAGUUGAAGUGCUAUCCGGCAUAACUUCAUUGUGUUUACUGACACACCCAUUCCCCCACCCCGCCCAAGUAAACAAGAUUUUCCCGGUAGUUCCAUAGAGUUCGAGGAUCCUUUGAGUGGACUAGCUGGCCCUCUUAUCUAAUUGACAUUGUAGUAAGGUAGACCGCAAGCGGUCGCCCUUUUUUCCCAGGGCCACGCGCGGCGAGCAAAAAGUAAACUUGUGCACGCCCCUCACGCACGCUCUCAGUCUAUUGUGACUCAAAAGGAAAAUAAGAGACUGCUCGCAGUAUAGUUUCUUGGACACUAAGCCUUGGCUCCCGGGGGGAGGGCUAAUCCCUAUAAUGGGCUAUACGUGGAGGCUCCUCCUGAAAGGGGGUAGCUUUUUCAGGUUUCAGCUAGAGAAUUCACGAGUUCAAGCACACGGAGGGGUAGGAAAAUCUAUCAUUAAAGUAUAUUUACCCUUUAAAAAAGGUCGUUUAAUUUAAAUGUUUCGAGAAAGCGCGCUUUAGCGAGUUAUACUUAGGUAUGUGAAAGGGGUACCAUUUUUCAAUUGAAGAAAGUUAUAUAAAAGGGUAAGGAGCCUACCCAUGUAAAAUUUUGUUGAGUACCCUCCCCCCCAGGGCUUUGGUUUUACUUUGUGGCAUUUCUGUUUUGCAGUCAACAAAGCAAAGGUGAUAAAGAAACAGUCAGUGUUUGAUCGUUUGGGUAAAGAAAGUCCUCCAUUAACGGUAACCAUACCCGCAGAGAAGAAGCAAACUGAGUUAAAACCACUCAAACCUUUAAAAACAAGCGUUGCUGUACAGCUAAAGGUGAGUAAAAGGUUAAACUGGUGGAAAUGGUGUUCCUGCUAGCAUGAGAGGAGUAUUGUCCAGAUUGUACUUACUUGUAAUUGGAUUGCCUCCAUUAAGCCAUUUUCGAGUUCCAGAAAUUCGCACUUUUAAAAUGGGGCCAAAUGGAAAACCUUUCGUGACCUUCCAAAAAAAAAGCUUCAUAAGCAAAACAACUUUGCACGUACAUCAUGAUUUUCUGUCAAUUUCUUUGGCGUCCUUAUACAACUACGACGUGAAAUGACCAAGUUUCAAGUUCUUUUUUUUUUUUGAGAACGUGAACGGCAAGGCGAUAAAUGUUUCUUAAGCCCUGAUUUUACUGAAUCUUUCUGAGCUCGGACGCGGUCCUUUCCCCUUAUCUCCGUCUUAAUUUCCCAACUUUAAAAGACUGAACGAAUUGGAAAAAUCGCGAAAAAGAUUGACAGGACGCGAAAUAAUGUUUUCAGUGACGCUUUUACUGGCGUCGCUGUUGUCAAGUCCCGCGCAAACGGACGCAACAUUGUUAGGCAACAACUCCCAAAAAUGUUGGAUGUUACAUGUUGCGUCUGUUUGCACACCCUGUUGUAUGUUGUUGGUAGUUGUUGCGUAAAGUUUGAAAUCGGUCAAACUUUCAGCUUUGUGCAAACGGAUGCAACAAGUCGUUGUUGCUUAAGCUCCCUAUUGUCAGCGCCUUUCCUCCCUUUUCAAGUACCAUGAUUAUUUAGCUGUUUCUUUUUUUUGCAGGAGAAAGGACAGUCCUCCGUGUUUAGUCGUCUGGGAGAACUGGCUUCACCAGCAACUCAAACAACUGUCCAAGCUGUAAAUCCAAGAGUACGGCUUCCCUCGGACGAUGGACCUCAUGCUGGUGUAGACUAUACAAGUCACAGCGUUCUCCAACCGGUUAAACGGAAAGGAAGUCAGGCUAAACCGGUUAAACCAGUGAAACCUGUCAAGCGAACCCUAGGAUUAACCUCGGACGUAGAUGAAAAAUCGGUUUUCGCGCGACUGGGUUCGAAAGUGCAGCAAUGAAGAUGCAGUAAUUUUAAAUCGGUUCUUCGAAACUGGAGAUUCUUUUUAAUCUCUUGCAGUUAUGAUCAAAGCGAGAGUUUUACUUCAUGAACUAGUAACUCAUCCGGCGACUAUCUGUAGGUUACUAUAUGCCUGUUAGACGGAUAAAACCGGAUGGACAGGAGGAAAAAUCAUGAACCCUCGCGUGUGACCAUUUAUAACGAAGGAUACUUUAUGGUUUUUAUGAUACCACUUCUUUUAACACGGAGAUAUAAAAUCCUACAUUCCGACAUUUGUAGUGAAAAACUACAUUCUUAUGCUGUUUAUGUGAUAGUUGUUGACAGUCAACAAUAAACUGUUUUUGUUUAAACUUGGGGACUACGUCAGGAACACCUGACUCAUUGUAGUCCGGAGGCUUAUGCGGGACAAAGUUUUCAUAUUUUUAGUGAUAU